UCUUUCUUGGUCGCUGUGAAUUCGGUACUAGUAGAUGUGCUCGUAUGUGAUGGAAAGUGUUAUCAUCGAACGAUAGUAGCGAUUUUAGUGAAGAUAAGGGAAGAAGCAGGUUUUGCUGAGUACUUUGCAAGUUUUGAACUACUCGGAAACAAAAUGAAACGAUCACUGCUCCUGGGUUUAAUAACAUUAGGCACGGUUUUAGGAGAUGUGAGUCAUGUAACUAAAGACGACCAAGGAAUUAGUAAAGCUUUUCAGUCGAAAAAUCCAAAAGAUUUUUGGUGGAUGGCAGAAGACAGCCCACUGAAAGCAUCCUACAAAUAUUUCAAGAAAUGCUCAGCAGAAGGUAACUGUUUAAAUGAAACCGAAAAAUCAAAGUCUGCUAGCUCUCCUAGUUCGAACAAAGAAUUAGCUGAACCCAUCGAUUUACAAAAGAACAUAUUUCUAAGUGGUAAAUUGAAAAUCAAAGAAACAGAGUCCUUAAUAACGUCACCCGGCAAACAAUCUGUUACAAUAAUAAAAAACGAUAUUGAUUUGUCGCAAAAUCCUUUUCUUGCACACGCUGCUAAUGGUGACAAAGUUCAGGACGACAAUGGGUUCAUUGGGGUUCAGCCAUCUGUACCAUUCAAAGGAGUUAAAAAAGAAAAUGCUAUUCCGGUGGAUUUGCUUGAAAAUAAUAAUGGGUCGUUAUGUGUUGGAAAGACCAAAGUUUGCGUUCCAAUCGGAAAAUGUGUCGAUGGAGUAGCUACGAAUACUUCUCGGUUCAACAAGGCCAAUUUCUGUGGAGAAGCAGAAGUAUGUUGUAAUUUGCCAAGUUCAGAUCCAAAAUCUGUUCUACAGCACGUAAAGAACUUAUUUACGACUAAUGGAAAAUCAGGUCUUACAGACCUAGAGACCAAGGAACAAUAUCUGGGUGAAUUAAACUCCCAACUGAAUAUUAUCGGUUCGGUAAGAAUUUCAACCGCCAAACCUAUAAGGGCCGUUGCCUUUUAUCCAUUAGUUGAUCCGGAAGCAGUCUCAAGCUUAUCAAGCAAUCUUCAAUAUGAAAAUGAUUAUCGAUACUCCAACCGACCGACCGAAGGUUAUUUACCACCCUUUCCAACAACAGAAACUAACAAAAUAACUGGCACGGAACCUGAGUGUCAAGAAGGUGAAAUUGUUGGAUCUAAUGGAAUAUGUAUAAGUACUGGGAGUAGUUUACAUCCAACCUCUUCAGAAAAAUGCGGCCCCGGACAGAAGCUGGGGCCAUAUGGUGAAUGUGUUAGUAUUAGUAUUCCACCUAGCCCACCAUCACCGCCUCCAUCUGGACCGCUAUGUGGUCCGGGACAAAAACAAGGUCCAUAUGGUCAAUGUGUUAGUGACGGAGUUCCAUCUAGCCCUCCAUCACCGUCUCCAUCUGGACCGCAAUGUGGCCCAGGACAAAAACAAGGUCCGUUUGGUCAAUGUAUUAGUGCCGGAGGUCCACCUAGCCCACCAUCACCGCCUCCAUCUGAACCGCAAUGUGGCUCAGGACAAAAACAAGGUCCAUAUGGUCAAUGUGUUAGUGCCGGAGUUCCACCUAGUCCACCAUCACCGCCUCCAUCUGGACCACAAUGUGGCCCAGGACUAAAACAAGGUCCGUUUGGUCAAUGUAUUAGUGCAGGACUUCCACCUAGUCCACCAUCACCGCCUCCAUCUGGACCGCAAUGUGGCCCAGGACAAAAACCAGGUCCGUUUGGUCAAUGUGUUAGUGCUGGAGUUCCACCUAGCCCUUCAUCCUCGCCUCCAUCUGGACCGCAAUGUGGCCCAGGACAAAAACCAGGUCCGUUUGGUCAAUGUAUUAGUGCCGGAGUUCUACCUAGCCCACCAUCACCGUCUUCAUCUGGACCACAAUGCGGUCCGGGACAAAAAAAAGGUCCAUAUGGUCAAUGUGUUAGUGCCGGAGUUCCACCUAGCCCUCCAUCACCGUCUCCAUCUGGACCGCAAUGUGGCCCAGGGCAAAAACAAGGUCCGUUUGGUCAAUGUAUUAGUGCCGGAGGUCUACCUAGCCCACCACCACCGCCUCCAUCUGGACCGCAAUGUGGCCUAGGACAAAAACAAGGUCCAUAUAGUCAAUGUGUUAGUGCCGGAGUUCCACCUAGCCCUCCACCACCGCCUCCAUCUGGACCGCAAUGUGGCCCAGGACAAAAACCAGGUCCCUUUGGUCAAUGUAUUAGUGCCGGAGGUCCACCUAGUCCACCAUCACCGCCUCCAUCUGGACCGCAAUGUGGCCCAGGACAAAAACAAGGUCCAUAUGGUCAAUGUGUUAGUGCCGCAGUUCAACCUAGUCCACCAUCACCGCCUCCAUCUGGACCGCAAUGUGGUCCGGGACAAAAACAAGGUCCAUAUGGUCAAUGUGUUAGCGCCGGAGUUCCACCUAGUCCACCAUCAGCGCCUCCAUCUGGACCGCAAUGUGGCCCAGGACAAAAACCAGGGCCGUUUGGUCAAUGUAUUAGUGCCGGAGUUCCACCUAGUCCGCCAUCACAGACUCCAUCUGGACCGCAAUGUGGCCCAGGACAAAAACAAGGUUCAUAUGGUCAAUGUGUUAGUGCCGGAGAUCAACCUAGUCCACCAUCACCGCCUCCAUCUGGACCGCAAUGUGGUCCGGGACAAAAACAAGGUCCAUAUGGUCAAUGUGUUAGUGCCCGAGUUCCACCUAGUCCACCAUCAGCGCCUCCAUCUGGACCGCAAUGUGGCCCAGGACAAAAACCAGGGCCGUUUGGUCAAUGUAUUAGUGCCGGAGUUCCACCUAGCCCGCCAUCACAGACUCCAUCUGGACCGCAAUGUGGCCCAGGACAUAAACCAGGUCCGUUUGGUCAAUGUAUUAGUGCCGGAGUUCCGCCUAGCCCGCCAUCACAGACUCCAUCUGGACCGCAAUGUGGUCCAGGACAAAAACCAGGUCCGUUUAGUCAAUGUAUUAGUGCCGGAGUUCCACCUAGUCCACCACCACCGCCUCCAUCUGGACCGCAAUGUGGCUCAGGACAAAAACCAGGUCCGUUUGGUCAAUGUAUUAGUGCAGGAGUUCCACCUAGCCCGCCAUCACCGACUCCAUCUGGACCACAAUGUGGCCCAGGACAAAAACAAGGUCCAUAUGGUCAAUGUAUUAGUGCCGGAGUUCCACCUAGUCCACCAUCAGCGCCUCCAUCUGGACCGCAAUGUGGCCCAGGACAAAAACUAGGUCCGUUUGGUCAAUGUAUUAGUGCCGGAGUUCCACCUAGCCCGCCAUCGCCGCCUCCAUCUGGACCGCAAUGUGGUCCGGGACACAAACAAGGUCCAUAUGGUCAAUGUGUUAGUGCGGGAGUUCCACCUAGUCCACCAUCACCGCCUCCAUCUGGACCGCAAUGUGGCCCAGGACAAAAACCAGGUCCGUUUGGUCAAUGUAUUAGUGCCGGAGUUCCACCUAGUCCACCAUCACCGCCUCCAUCUGAACCGCAAUGUGGCUCAGGACAAAAACCAGGUCCGUUUGGUCAAUGUAUUAGUGCCGGAGUUCCACCUAGCCCGCCAUCACCGACUCCAUCUGGACCGCAAUGUGGUCCAGGACAAAAACAAGGUCCAUAUGGUCAAUGUAUUAGUGCCGGAGUUCCACCUAGUCCACCAUCAGCGCCUCCAUCUGGACCGCAAUGUGGCCCAGGACAAAAACUAGGUCCGUUUGGUCAAUGUAUUAGUGCGCGAGUUCCACCUAGCCCGCCAUCACCGCCUCCAUCUGGACCGCAAUGUGGUCCGGGACAAAAACAAGGUCCAUAUGGUCAAUGUAUUAGUGCGGGAGUUACACCUAGUCCACCAUCACCGCCUCCAUCUGGACCGCAAUGUGGCCCAGGACAAAAACCAGGUCCGUUUGGUCAAUGUAUUAGUGCCGGAGUUCCCCCUAGCCCGCCAUCACCGACUCCAUCUGGACCGCAAUGUGGUCCGGGACAAAAACAAGGUACAUAUGGUCAAUGUGUUAGUGCGGGAGUUCCACCUAGUCCACCAUCACCGCCUCCAUCUGGACCGCCAUGUAGCCCAGGACAAAAACCAGGUCCGUUUGGUCAAUGUAUUAGUGCCGGAGUUCCACCUAGCCCGCCAUCACCGGCUCAAUCUGGACCGCAAUGUAGUCCAGGGCAAAAACAAGGUCCAUAUGGUCAAUGUGUUAGUGCCGGAGUUCCACCUAGUCCACCAUCACAGCCUCCAUCUGGACCGCAAUGUGGCCCAGGACAAAAACUAGGUCCGUUUGGUCAAUGUAUUAGUGCCGGAGUUCCACCUAGCCCACCAUCACCGUCUCCAUCUGGACCGCAAUGUGGUCCGGGACAAAAAAAAGGUCCAUAUGGUCAAUGUAUUAGUGCCGGAGUUCCGCCUAGUCCACCAUCACGGCCUCCAUCUGUACCGCAAUGUGGCACAGGACAAAAACUAGGUCCGUUUGUUCAAUGUAUUAGUGCCGGAGUUCCACCUAGCCCGCCAUCACCGACUCCAUCUGGACCGCAAUGUGGUCCGGGACAAAAACAAGGUACAUAUGGUCAAUGUGUUAGUGCGGGAGUUCCACCUAGUCCACCAUCACCGCCUCCAUCUGGACCGCCAUGUGGCCCAGGACAAAAACCAGGUCCGUUUGGUCAAUGUAUUAGUGCCGGUUCCACCUAGCCCGCCAUCACCGGCUCAAUCUGGACCGCAAUGUAGUCCAGGGCAAAAACAAGGUCCAUAUGGUCAAUGUGUUAGUGCCGGAGU